AUGUCGGCUGAGGAUCCGCAGGACAUUAAACUUGAGCUUGAAAAGGAAUGCCUUGCGAAUGACUGUAACCACAAGGUACUUGCCUAUAAUGGGUGCCUGGAGCGCAUUAAAAGUGUCCCUCCAGAGAAGGAGCCACACUGUUACCAUCAUUACUUUGACAUUAUUCACUGUGUAGAUGUAUGCGUGGACCCGAAGUUAUGGCCGACACUUAAGUAA